AUGUGGAAUGCCAGCGAUGCCGUGCCAUGCCAAGCAUUUGAGGCCAGCUUGAAGGCGAGAUGGCGAUGUGAAUACCACUGCAGCGACACCAUUUGCGAUGAUUGCGUGAAUCGCAAGUUCCAAGACAUCGCAGCAGAGCUCUCCACCACGUCCAGCGCCACGGGCGCGGCAACGCUGCGACAAAGGGCGGAGGCUGUGCCCUGGGAACUGCGCGGAACGAAGGAGUUCAACCAGCUGCGGUGUUUGAUCGCGGACUCGAUUGAAACGCGGCAAGGGGGAUCCGAGGGAACGAAGCACCAGGGCCCCCGCGCCUCCGCCACCAUCUUGGCCCCUGCUGCAGCUGGCGUCCUCUGUGGCGCCCCGGGGGUCGUGGUGGGCUUGGCCGUUGGAACCACUGCCUACGGUGUGUCGCAGACAGCCAUGCAUGUGAGACACCCUGGUGGUCGUUGUGAUCCCUUGGUCUUGGUGGAGGUGCUGAACGCUGAGCAGGAAACUUUGGCGGCUGCCAGAUCGCACAUCACGCCUAAGAGCCGAAAUCCCGUGUGGAACCAAACCCUGAGCUUACCAGCUGGUGAAGAGGGCGAGACCCGGCACUUGCAGCAGCAGGGGUGGUCGUGGCGAGGGAAACGCAAGAGUGCUAAGCUAGCGGCGUCGCAGAACAUCGUGCCUGAGAGGUGGGAUUUGGAUACGACCAACGUUCGCCUGACCCUCUAUGACAAAAGCGUGGGCGUCAUGGAUCAGACCAUCGGGGAGGUGUGCAUGCCACUAUCUUCUCUGCUGGCGGAGCCGGAGGCGGGCGGUCACCUAGUGACAGACAGCUGUGAUGAAGCUGUGCUGGGCGAUAUCCCCCCGUAUCUGCCCUGCCGGAUCUCUUUGUCCGUGGUUCAAGAGUCGUUACCACAAAGCUGGACGCUGCCCAAGUGCAUGUUCAUCGACCGAACCAGCAGUGAGGUCUUUAUGAUGACGCGUGGCACACGGGGCGACGUGCAACCCUUCGUGGCAUUGGCGCGGGGGUUGGCCGAGGAGUUGGGAUGGCUGGUGACGAUUUGCACAGAGGCAACCCAUGCCGCUUUUGUUCAGAAGCAUGCCGAGGUCUCCCGUGGUGGCAUCCGAUUUCGACCAAGCGGUGGCAACUCGGAGGCCCGUAUGGACAGUGUUUUGGCCAACUUCCUUUUGUCUCACAGCACGGAACUUUUGCAAAUGAUUGCGCUCUCACGAUCCGAAGCAGAGUUCUUCUCGAGCGCGACGGUUUUUAUGGACGAGGUGUUGUCUUCUGAGAACAACAAACCUGUGGAUUUGAUUAUUUUCGGCUUCACGUUAGCAGGAGUUGCAGCCAUGGUCGGUGAACAUUGCAAGAAGCCUCUCAUUGGUCUGAUUUUGCAGCCGAGCUGUAUUCCGAGCAAGCAAGCGGACUGGAAGGCGAUUCACGCCAUCCAAAGUCCUGAUGGCAAAAGUCUCUUGGAUACCGUGGAGGAGAUGGCCUUCACGUCCCACGGCUCAUUGAAGGUGCUCAAGGACCUGGCUGAGAAGAAUCCCUUCGCAUCCAUGAAUCUGAACCACCUGCGAAAACUCUUCGACCUGGAGCCGGUGGCAAACACUUGGCAGGCGCUGAAUGAAGCGAAGGUUCCCAUCAUCAUUCCAAUGCCGGAAGGAACUUUUCAGCGACCGCAGGACUGGUCAGAGAACAUCGUUCAGACGGAAUUUAUUUUCUUGCGAAAGAAGGCCAGUGCAGCCAGCGCAGGAGCAAGGCAAGACUUGGGCGAGACGGUCGGAUGUUUCAUUGACGAUGCCAGGCGUGACGAUGCUCCACUGUGUUUGAUUACCUUCAGUAGCAUGCCAGUGCCGCGACGAACUUUGCUUCGCAUUGUCCUCAAGUUGAUCAAGGAAAGCAAGUUCCACGUGCGCGUCAUGUACGUUGGGCGGAUUGAGCAGGGGCUCAGAGCUUUUCCAGCUGAAGACCUGGAAGUUUUCCCAGACAUUUGGAAGUCGGGUGAAAUCGGAACUCCGCCACCUUCAGACGAUGUGAGAACAGCUCAGAAGCUGCCGAUUGAUUUGGAAGGCGAAGCUCAGAAGUGCAAAGAUGCGGGGACCUUCUGUGAAGCCAAAGCGGUGGAUUUUGGCAUUCUCUUCCCGUUGAUGGAUUGCUUUAUCGUCCAUGGGGGAUUGGGCACUACUGUGGAAGCCCUGCGCACAGGAAAGCCCACGUGCGUCACCGGGCCGUUGCUCAUGGAUCAGCGCUUCUGGGGUCACGUGUGCUAUGAGAAGAGUAUUGGCCCCAAGCCCGUGUUCAUCGCGGAGUUCGAGAAGAGCUGCGUGGAUUUCGUGGAUGGUGCCCUUGAUCCCAGCGAUCCGGAGAAGUGGCGUGCGGAGGCCGAAGCCAACGUGACAAAGAACUCCUGGGGGAAGGUCGAGGACGAUGGCAUUCUCGCCAACGUCCACUGCAUCAAGGAGCUGUGGCCCUCCUUGACGCCAUUGGUGACCUCGCGAUCCGAGGAGCGGAAGCUUACCUCGAACGCCUGGGUUUGCUGUUCCAGCGCCGGCGUCAGCGAGCCCGAGCCCCCGAUGGCACCGCUGGCAGCGAAGCCCUCUGAGGAGUCUGAGGCAAGUUGUUUCCCACAAACUGAUACCAAGCAUUCGCCCUUGCCUGAUUGUUCACCGCCAACGACGUUGAGUCAAGCCGUUUCUAUUUGA